UCGGAUCACUUAAAAGACGCGCUCUACAAAUUACCAAUAACCCUUAAGGAUAUGCUUGGUGACCUCAUUGAAACCAAACCAGAAUUGACAGGAUCUUUGCAAACGGUCGGCUUUAUUCACUCUGGCUUAACCAAUACCAUGCUCCGAGUAGACAGACCCACGGAAUACGUAACUCGUGUUACUAGGCACAAAACUAUCGAAAUCAGCAACUCUAUUGAAAACUUUGGGGCUACUGUUUUACCGUCCAUGUUGUCAGCUUAG